AUGGGUUCUGGCCAGAGCAGUGAAAAGCUUCACUGUAACCGCUAUCUGAACGGACAGGGUCCUCCAUCACUGGGACAGCAAGCUAAUGAAGAGGUGAAUGGGAUGCACAAAGAACUGAAUGGAUGUCAGCCACAGGGACAGAUGACCUGGGUGAUCCUUCACAGAGACCUGCCAGGAUUCCCUGAUAACAAUACCCUGCAGAUCAACGCCAUCUUCCCGGAUGGAACACAGACAGAGAAACACCCCCACCCUGGCCAGCCUUAUGCAGGGCUACGGCUCUGUGCUUACCUGCCUGACAACCGCGAGGGCAGAAAGGUUCUCAGGGGGCUGGACAAGGCCUUCAACCAGCAGCUCCUGUUUACUGUUGCCACCAAUAAGGACGGAGAGGACAUUGUCACCACAGCAUCUAUUCCCCUAAAAACCCAACCAGAUGGAGGGAACGUGGUUGAUGGAUACCCAGAUCCUGACUACCUGAAGACUGUGAGAAAGCUACUGAGGGACAAAGGCAUUGAAUAA